AUGAACAUGCAUGCUCAACAAGUUUCUUCUGUAUUAUCUAUUUGGAAUUAUCUUCUAGUUUUUUCAUUUCUUGCACACCCGUCAGCUUCUUCUCUACAAUCUUUCAUAUAUGCUGGUUGUUCUCAGCUCAAAUACAACCCGGGUACGCCGUUCGAGUCGAACGUUAACUCAAUCCUGGCAUCCCUUGUUAACUCAGCUGCCUUAUCAAACUACAACAAUUUCAAGAUUUCCCUCCCCGGCUCCGUCCAAAGCGACGUCGUUUACGGCCUCUUCCAGUGCCGCGGCGACCUCGGUAACUCCGACUGCCACGACUGCGUGAAGUAUGCAGUGAGUCGAAUUGGGACCCUCUGUGGUGGCGCGUCGGGUGGCGCGUUGCAGCUGGAUGGGUGUUUCGUGAAGUACGAUAAUACAUCAUUCUUGGGUGAUGAAGACAAAACUGUUGUGUUCAAGAGAUGUGGGCCGUCGAUUGGGUAUGACUCAGAUGUGUUGACUCAGAGGGAUGCCUUGCUGACUUAUCUGACGGGUGGAGGCCAGUAUUUUCGGAUUGGUGGGUCCGGGAAAUCCCAGAGUAUAGCACAGUGUGUACAGGAUUUGAGUACGAGCGAGUGCCAGGAUUGUUUAUCCGAGGCGAUCGGACAGUUGAAAACUGAGUGUCAAUCUUCAACUUGGGGUGAGAUGUUCUUGGCCAAAUGCUAUGCUCGCUUCUCGGAGCGCGGCUACUCCUCCAAAAGCGAUAAAGAAGAUGAUGAUGACGACGACGAUGACAUGGAGAGAACACUAGCAAUUACAAUUGGACUCAUAGCUGGUGUUGCCGUGAUAAUUGUUUUCCUAUCUUUCUUCACUAAAAUUUGUGAUACUAAAGGUGGUAAAUGA